AUGAAGAAUAAUACACAUCUGUGGGGGUUCUUGCUCCUGAGACUGACGGACAGCACGGUGUUGUUGGGGCUGCAGGCUGCGCUCUUCUCCCUUGUCUACCUGGUGUCCACGCUGGAGAAUCUGACCAUCGUCCUCCUCACAGUUCUUGACCACCACCUCCACACCCCCAUGUACUUCUUCCUCAGGCAUUUGUCCUUCCUGGACCUCUGCCUCAUUUCUACCACAGUCCCCAAAUAUAUUCUCAACUCCAUCACCCUCACAGACUCCAUCUCUUUCUUGGAAUGUGUUUGUCAGCUCUUCUUUGUGAUCAUGUUAACAGCUUUGGAGGUGGGAAUCCUCACUGCCAUGUCCUAUGAUCGCUAUGUCGCCAUCUGUCACCCUCUGCACUAUGAGGCUGUCAUGAGCAAAAGGUGCUGUGUCCAGUUGAUGGCUGUGUCCUGGCUCAGUGGAGGGGCCCUGGGCAUCUUGUACUCAGCUGGGACGUUCUCCCUGGAGUUCUGUGGCUCCAUCAGGAUUCACCAGUUUUUCUGUGACGUCCCUGCCCUUCUUGAGCUUACUUGUUCUCAGGAUCAUGCUGCUGUCAGUGUCAGUGUGGGCCUCGGGGUCCUCUAUGGGUUCUCAUGCUUUGUUUGCAUCUUGGUCUCCUAUGUGUUCAUUUUCUCUACCGUGUUGAAGAUGUCAUCCAAACAGAACCGGUCCAAAGCCUUCUCCACCUGCAUUCCCCAUCUGGUUGUCGUGGGCACCUUUCUCUUCACAGGUGCUGCUGCUUAUUUAAAGCCUGCAACCAAUUCACUUCCUUUUCUUGACUUGCUGUGCUCUGCAUUCUACACUGUGGCACCUGCGGCGUUGAAUCCUAUCAUCUACUGUUUGAGGAACAGCGACAUUCAAUCAGCUCUAUUUAAAGUCCUAGGGAAGGCAAGAAGGGUACUAUAG